AUGGAGGAGAAGCUCUCAGAGAUGAAAAACAAUGAGUUGAGCAUCCAGACCGUGUCCCUCUGGCUCAUCCACCACAGGAGGCAUUCUGAAGCCAUUAUCUUUGUAUGGGACACAGAGCUGGGUAAGGCAGAGACAAAGAGAAAGCUGACUUCAAUACACUUGGCCAACAAUGUCAUCCAAAAUAGAAAAAGGAAAGGACCUGAGUCCUGUCAUCGUGGAUGCCUUAAACAUGCCAGUAGUGAGCUAGAUGCCACCUAUAAGAAACAGCUAGACGGAGUCCUUUCUGUUUGGGAAGAAAGGGCUACUCUCCUUUUAACAGUUACUCUCCCCGGACCCUCGUCUGCUGACCUUCCUCAAACAAAGAAUUCAGCUUUACAUCAGUUAACAAAACACCUUCUGAUCAACUACCACAAAGGUGUGAGACCGGUGAAAAACUGGAGCGAAGCCACCACAGUCUACAUUGAUCUCUUUAUCCACGCUGUUUUAGACGUUGACGGACAAAAUCAGAAGCUAACUACCAGUAUCUGGUAUCGUCAGAUAUGGAAAGAUGAUUUCCUGGCCUGGAACUCUACACAUUUUGAUGGAAUUGAGGAAAUUUCCUUGCCACUCAAUGCGAUUUGGGUUCCUGAUAUUGUUAUCAAUGAAUUCAUAGAAGAAGAAAAGGCUCCAGAUCUGCCCUAUGUCUAUGUGAGCUCCGUAGGAACUAUUCGAAACUAUAAGCCACUGCAAGUGGUCUCUGCAUGUAACCUGGAAACCUAUGCUUUCCCCUUUGAUAUUCAAAAUUGCAGCCUCACCUUCAGCAGCUGCUUGCACACAGUGAACGACCUGAAUCUUUCCAUCUGGAGGAGCUAUGAGGAAAUCAGUGAAGACAAGAGCAUCUUUCUGAAUGAUGGGGAGUGGGAACUCCUUGAAGUGCCAUCCUCUUAUGAGAUUCUCCACACACACGGGGGCAGUUUUGCACAAGUAAAGUUUAAUCUAGUUAUUCGUCGACGUCCCUUGCUGUAUAUUGUCAGCAUUCUCAUGCCAAGCAUCUUGCUCAUGACUGUGGAUCUCAUGAGCUUCUACCUGCCUCCUAACAGCGGCACGAGGAUCAUGUUUAAGACUAGUAUUCUUGUGGGGUAUACUGUCUUUCGGGUUAAUAUGGCUGAUGAACUGCCAGCUACUACUUUAAGAGUACCCCUCAUAGGAGUAUUCUUUGUGGUUUGUAUGGCACUCAUGGUGUUGAGUCUUGGCAAAUCUAUUGUGGUGAUAAAGUUUCUUCACCUGGACAAGGAAGAGGCAGGAGGACUCUUGGAGUCCCGUUGUCCGCUGGUAACUAAGGAGAACUUUGACCACAAGAAAGACAACACAGAAGACACAUCUUUGGGUUCUAUCAACGAAACAUCAGCACAUAUAGAGUUUCCCGGGCCUACAGUAUCAGCUGACCCACUGAUGGAAAAGAUCCUUGAAGAAGUCACGUCAAUCCGCUCCUACAUGGAAGAGAUGGAAUCAGAGGAACUCUGGCACACUCGUUGGCUACGUCUCUGCUACAAAUUAGACAGUCUUCUAUUCCGGUCUUAUCUCAUUCUCUUUACAGCCUAUGCUGCUACUCUUACCUUGCUAUGGUGGACAUGGAGCUCCUAUGGUACCCCCAGCUAGAGUAGAGAAGUGAUCCUUGCGUUGUCUUCUUAGUCAUUCUAACUAAAACCAUAUUCACAACAGAUCUGAUGACUAUAGUGAAUAGUUGAAAUUGGCGUACAUUGUUUUACAUACAUAGAAACACUUGGUCAUUAUCUAGUUAACAUGCAUGUACCUACAUAUGUACAUACUGUAUCAUUAAAAUACUAAUCA